AGAGUCAUCAGUUCAGAGACUGUGACAGUCGAGAUCGAGAACGAGAAAGAAGUGAGACAGAGAAGCACGAUGGAUGAAUUCAGAUGGAUUCAAAUGUUUUCAUGUCUGAUGCUGAUGAUUCGGAUUGCAGCCUUCUCAACAGUAUCUCUAAAUGAAACAUCCAUUUUUAUGAAAGUUGGAGAUGACGUCACUCUGCCUUGUCUAAAUCUGAUAGAUCAGCAGAAUAACUGUGAUGGUACUACGUGGACGUUUGCUUCAAGAAACAAACCAACAACAAUAGAGCUGAUCACACUUGGACAGAUUGGUGAACAUGCCAAAACUAAAUCAGACAGACUGAGUGUUACAGCGAACUGUUCUGUGCUUAUAAAGAAGCUCAAAGUUGAGGAUGUUGGUUUUUAUUCCUGUCAACAAUACAAAGUCAAAGAAACACCAUCUAAACACACUCGGGUUCGUCAGUCUUUCGUUGAUCUCUCUGUUAUUACCUUGACUGAACAUAAGAACAUUGAUAAGGGGAUACUAAACUGCUCUGUGCUGACACAUGGAGAGUGUCAUCACACAGUGAUGUGGCAAAUUAAAGGUAAAGAUGUGGACAAAGAGGACAACGAAAUAGUGACUUCACAGACUGUUUGCUCCACCACAGUGUCCAUUCCAGAGUCUCACUUUCUUUAUUCAUCAAGAUAUAACAUAUUGGCAUGUGAAGUGACUGACAGUAAAAUAGGAAAAGUGCAGCUGUUUACCUUCACUUCUCAGCCAUCAGGUGAAGAAACAGGUGACACAAAAUCAACAAAGACACCAUCCAGAAAAACUGAAAGCAACACAAAUUCAGAAACAAAUACAACAAUAAUGAAGGAUGAUUCACAAGAUUUUUCUGUAUCUUUGAGGUCCAUUAUUAUCUCUGUGGGGUUAGCAGCAACUUUAAUAACUGCUGUGACAGUCAACAUAUGGACAAGGACUAAAGGGAACACGACCAAGAUGGAUAAAACAAUACAUUAUGAUCAAGAUGAAGACGAUGUUACAAUUCAUUAUGAAAACAUCGGGGUUUCUGCUGCUUCAGUCAGAUUCAACUGAUCAACUUCAACUCAGCAGAGGAAAUGGCUUUUAUAUUACCAGUAUCAUCUCAUCCAGUUUUAUAGAUUAAAUCGUAUAAAACAGAUAACGAUGUAAGUCGUUCCCAUUAAGUUCAUUCUGCUCAUCUGCGUGUUUUGUUUUCAGUGGGAGAAAUGUUUCGUCAUUCAUCCAAGUGACUUCUUUAGUCUUCUUCAAUCACUCGGAUAUUUGACGAAACACGUUCCCCCUGAAACCGCUAUGAUCUGAUUGAGCAUGCAUCAAGACCAUAUACAUAGUUGUUUUGUGUUUCAGUAUUCUGACUAUGGAUUUAUAUUUAGGUCUUGAACUUGUAUGAGUUUUAUCACAUCCUGUUCAUCCUGUUCAGACCUUCACUCACAUCUUUGGUUGAAUAGACUUAGAUAGAAGAAGAGGAGUUGAGGAUGUACAAACCGAGGAAUAGGUAGCCAAUAAACCACUUCCCAAUCAACUCUCUUCUAUGUAUAGAAGAGAGUUCUAGUUCCACUCUAAACGUAUCUACCCAUUUGACCUACUUGACCACAGUUUCUCUUUUACAUUCGUUAAUAAACCACAUAAAGACUG